AUGAGGAAACUGCCUAGGACAGUGGAAGAGGAACUGGGUGACGUUAUUUUCGAGGAACAAGCUCCUGCUCCCACUGAACCAAAGAAACCGAAACCUAAGAGACGCAAAACAAUAGUAAAAAAGCCUAGCCCUCUUGUUCCUAAAAGAGUUAGGCAGAGCUCUAGACUAAAAAUUGCUCAAACUCCCCUUGUUCCUUCCAACAAGGGCUCUCCAUUAGUACUUUCUGAUGCGGAGGAACAGGAACAUAACUCUCCUAAGGAACCAACUCCUCCAUCCUCACCAAAAAUCUCUGUUCCCCACACAAACCUCUCUUCCAUCUCUCCCUCAUCCUUCUCUGUUCCUUCUAGCUUUGAACAGUUAAAGGAUGAGUUGACUGGUCCCAAUUCCUUCUCCACCACCUCUACUGAUCUUCCACCACGAUCACCUUUUCUUCCUCCUAUUUAUACCACCACUUCUCCAUCUGUUUCUAGUCCAGGACUUGAUGGUCCUUCAAAAGAAACCACCCCAGUUCCUCCACCAAAAUCACCUACUGCCUCUGUAUCUAAGGAUGCCAAAACUAAUAAGAUGCUGGGUUUAAUGAAAGUUCUUAGUGAUACAGUGAUUGAUCAACAGAACAAGAUGAAGACAAUGGCCCAAGCCCUUGAGAGUUUGAAGCAGCGAAUUGGUGAAAAUCAUGGAGAGGGAAUUAAUGCAGUAGAAAAUUUUAAUAAGCUUGAGCAAUCUGGAACUUUAGAGGAAUACAUUGAUGAAUUUGAGAAUUCGAGGUCUUUGCUAAUGCAAAAUGGUCAUGUAUUAACUGAUGAGUAUGUGUUAGAAAGUUUUGUGGGAGCUGUGAGAUAUGCAAGAUUGCAAGAAGAACAAUUACUAGCAUGUGCUGCCAAACCUUCUCGAAGAUCAUCUUACCCAUAUUUUUCUACAAAACCAAUACAAUCUGUUCCUUAUAAAAAUAAUACCAAUAAACCUCCUCUUCUUCCUACCCCAAAACCUUCUCAAUCUUUGGUAAGAUAUCAACCCAAACCUUUCAAAGACAUUCCAGCAGAUGUGAGGGCAGAAAUAAUAGCAAAGGGUCUUUGUUAUUAUUGUGAUCAAAAGUAUGAUAGAAAACAUAAGUGCAAUUUUAAAGAAACCCAAUUGUUUACUGUUGAAGUCCCUAGUGAAGCAAAAAGUGAUGAUGAAGAGGGUAAUAAUGGAGAUGGAGAUGUGGAAGCUAGAGAAGAACCCUGUCUUUCAGUUAGUGCCCUUUCUGGUAACCAGAAUUUUCACACCAUGAGAGUGGUUGGAUUGGUGCAGAGUAAACCUCUUCACAUUCUAGUAGAUUCUGGUAGUAACCAUAACUUCUUAGACCUAGCCUUAGCUAAGAAAUUGGGGUGUAAGAUUGACCAGAUAAUAGAGAUGGAAAUGGAUCGGUUUGAGUUGGAUGAUCAUGCUUUUUCUCUAAAAGGUAUUCCUCCACAGAAGAUAAAAGUAAUUGAAGGAACUCUAGGCAGCAAAUUAGUAGAGAAUGCAGUUCAAUUCUGUGUUAUGCAAGUCAGUGAGUUGUGUGUGACUCAAGAUCAGAAGAAUAAAGAGAUCUUGGUGUCAGUAGAGUUCCAGUUAUUAAAAGAGAAAUAUACUGAUAUUUUUGCUGAUCCUGUAGAGUUGCCACCUCAUAGGGGAGUAUUUAAUCACAUAAUACCUUUGCAACAUGAUGCUGGACCACCCCUUUGCUUCACCAUAGUGGUGUUAAUUGGCAAGAAAGAUGGGACUUGGAGACUAUGUAUAGACUAUAGGAAAUUGAAUAGGAAGACUGUCAAGGACAAGUUUCCUAUCCCUGUAGUGGAAGAACUCAUUGAUGAGUUAGCUGGAGCUGCAGUGUUCACCAAGCUAGACUUGAGAGCUGGAUAUCACCAUUUCAGAGUACACCCAUCUGAUGUGUUUAAAACAACAUUUAAAACACACACAUGGCAUUUUGAAUUUCUUGUUAUGCCUUUUGGCCUAACAAAUGCCCCAACAUCAUUCCAAGGAUGGAUGAAUCAGGUUUUUAAACCUUUACUCAGGAAGUGUGUCCUUGUGUUUUUUGAUGAUAUUUUGAUCUAUAGCAAAUCCAUCACUGAACAUUGGCAACAUUUGGAGCAAGUAUUUCUAUUAAUGAGGCAGCACAAGAUGCACAUUAAGGAAACCAAGUGUUCAUUUGCAAAAAGUAAAGUGGAGUAUCUUGGACAUUUCAUCUCAGGGUCUGGGGUUGAGACUGAUCCUAAGAAGAUUGAAGCUGUGUCUAAAUGGCCUUCUCUAACUUUAGUCAAAGAAUUAAGAAGUUUUCUGGGCUUAACAGGAUAUUACAGAAAAUUUGUGCAGAAUUAUGCUAUAAUAUGCAGGCCCUUGCAUGAUUUACUUAAGAAGGAUGGGUUUGUAUGGUCUACAGCAGCACCGGAGGCUUUUAAUGCUUUGAAACUUGCUCUGGUGUCUUCUCCAGUUUUAGCUGUACCAGAUUUUUCAAAGCUUUUUAGUGUUGAAAUUGAUGCUUCUAACAUGGGUAUUGGUGCUGUUUUAAUGCAGGAAGGCCAUCCCCUAGCUUAUAUAAGCAAAUCAUUGGGGCCUAAAUGA